AUGUCCAAAGCCACCCUCGCCGUGAUCGCGGCCGCAAGUGCCGCAACCGGCGCAGGUGUCACCGCACUCCUCUACUCCAAGCCUGCCCGCCCCCAGCAGCAACAACAACAACAACAACUCCCCCCAAGCGCCGGCGUGCCAGUCCCCACGACCACUCAAACUCCUACUCUCGCUGCCAAGGUCAAAGCCGUUGGCCCCGUCGACCCAGCUGGUGUGCUCGAAUAUGGCUUCCCAGGCCCCAUCGCUGACGAAAUAUCCUCGCUCCCCCUCCACGGCGCUUACGAUCGUCGCACUCGCAAUCCCGCCUGGGUCGCCGAACACAUCACUCCGCAAUCCCUGUUGAUGAAGAACGCCGACCGUAAGCACAGCACUUUCUUUGAAGAUACCUCCAUCCCGGCAAUCUUCCGCGCAAAGCUAUCGGACUAUUUCCGUUCUGGAUAUGACCGCGGACACCAGGUGCCAGCCGCGGACGCGAAAUGGUCGCAGGAGGCCAUGGAUGGCACAUUCGCGUUGAGCAACAUGUGUCCGCAAGUCGGCGAGGGAUUCAACCGCGAUUACUGGGCCCAUUUUGAGGAUUUCUGCCGGAAUCUUACGCAAAAGUACCCCUCUGUUCGGGUUGUGACUGGACCAUUGUACCUGCCUCAUCGGGACCCUGAUGGAAAGUGGAGAGUGAACUAUGAGGUGAUUGGCAGCCCGCCUAAUGUUGCUGUGCCGACUCAUUUCUACAAGGUCAUCUAUGGUGAGGAUGGAUCUGGUGGACCCAAUAGCAAGGUUGCGCUUGGUGCGUUUGUGCUGCCUAAUGCUCGGAUUGCCAACCAGACGAGUCUGUCAAGCUUUGAGGUUCCUUUGGAGGUGUUGGAGCGCGCUUCUGGGUUGGAGUUUGCGGCUAAGCUUGAUCUUAGCCGUCGGCGGAGAUUGUGUCAGGAGGUGAAGUGCGAUAUCACCGUUCGCGAGUUCAACAAUACCAAGAAGAAGCUUGCUUAA